AUGCCUGCAACCAAGGACUGAUAGCCAUGGCAGCAGCUAAGUCAUUCAUCUCUCUGCCUUCCAUGUCACUCUCUGCUAGAGCUACCUUCAUGCUCUUGCUCAUGGCUAUGACUGCCCAAUCUCCAGUGGCUCAGCCUCAGAACUGCUCAGCUGCACUUGGUCGGCUCACGACUUGCGCUCCCUUUGUCAUUCCUGGCACCGGCCAAGGUCCUCCUAGUGACCAGUGCUGUGCUGCUCUUCAAGGAGUAGACCACACCUGCCUCUGUAACACUAUAAACAUCAUCUCUCGCCUGCCUAGCAGCUGCAAGCUCCCUCCAGUCACUUGCAAUGCCUGAGUUUGCCAUGAAGCGCGCCCACUGACUGCAGAAUCAAUAAACUGGGAUCUUGCCAAGAUUUUUCACUCUCUCCUUUUUUUGUCUUUCCAGGAUGUCAUCUGAUCAGAAGAAGAAUUUGCAAUGAAUAAAAUAAGUCUACCCUUUCUGUCCA